UUUCAUUUUUGGGUGAACUAACCCUUUAAGAAAGCAUCUGUUCAUAGCGAUGUGGAUUUGUUUGCACAAGCUUUGCAAUUCACCGGCAUCAUGUCGACAAAUGAGGUCAUUAAAAUUACACUGUUAUGAUAGUUUGAAUAUAAAGUAGGCCUAUGUUUGAGACAGACUAUACAGAAUCCCUUUUCUUUGCAUGACACAUUGACAUUACAGUACAGAAUGGCUCUUGCAUUAUCCUGAACAUUGUACAAUCAUUCAUUUCAUGUGUCCUAGAGCGGAAGGCUCUUUGGUGCGCGCGUAAACGUCACAUCCUUUGGAUUUUCCCGGUGAAACCGGCCCGAGUCUUUUACAUAAAAUCAGUCUACAGGCUUUCAUAAUAAAAAGUCGGAGAAGGUCUCAUUUUUUUAUGUUUCGUUACAAGCUGUUCACACAUUGGCAAUACAAAAAGUGAAUAAUAGACCCAUUUCACAUUUCCGGGUUUCUCAGAAGCGGAAGUCGUCAUUGGGUAAAAUUCUAUAGCGGUGAAUGAGAGAAUAUACAUUGAAUGUAUUUUUUGUGUUUCCAUUUGCUCAAAUAGCAAAGGAAAAACCCAACAAUAGUGUUUUCACAACUUUCAAAAAGAGGAAAAAAAUAGAGAGCAAUUGUAAUUUGAUGCAAAGGUAAUAUAAUACUAAGUAUAGUGUUAUACAUGUACCUAGGUUUUUUUUUUUUUUUUUUUUUUUUUUAAAUGAAAAAAUAAAAAACUGCAAAAUUUACGAUAUUACCAGUCUGUGAAAAUGGUCGAUACAUGAAAAUUCGUACAUAUAGCCCCUUUAAGAAUUACAAUGUAAUACGAUCGAUAACGCGUGACACUGUAUAAACCAUCAUUUCUACUCCCAGUUCACCAGUGUGCUGCUCAAACUAACUUGAAGGAACAAAUGACCAUAUAAGGAGUGUGGGUAUCAGUCCCAGGGGGUGGUGCUGAAAGAACAGCUCCCACUAAACAUGACUUCUUUUAAUAGCGGUCCCUUUGUGGCCACUUUUUCAGGAGACCCUCAGUUGGAUUCUUGCUGCCACGGGGUCCAAGAGAGUUAUGACAAGCCAUGAAUCAGGAAAGUUCCCAUGCCCGGACCGGAGCUUUGAAAACUGAGGGAUAUUUUGAAGCGACUAUGAGAAGAUGAAGAGGCAAAACGUGCGGACACUCGCCUUAAUUAUCUGCACUUUGUCCUAUUUACUCAUUGGAGCGGGAGUCUUCGACGCUCUCGAGUCAAAGCAAGAGAAAACCCAGAAGGGCAAGCUUGACUAUCGAAAAUUUCUACUCAUGCAUAAAUAUAAUCUCAGCAGACUUGACUUUGAUCAGAUCGAAAAGGUCGUUUUGCUUCUGAAGCCUCACAAAGCAGGAGUCCAGUGGAAGUUCGCCGGGUCUUUUUAUUUUGCCAUCACUGUGAUAACGACCAUAGGUUAUGGCCAUGCCGCCCCCAGUACGGAUGCUGGGAAAGCAUUCUGCAUGGGGUAUGCGCUUCUAGGCAUCCCCCUCACCCUGGUGAUGUUCCAAAGCCUGGGCGAACGCAUCAACACCUUCGUCCGCUUCCUGUUGCACAAAGCCAAGAAAUGCAUGGGCCUGCGGAGGCCGGAAGUCUCCAUGGCCAACAUGGUGAUCAUCGGCUUCUUUUCUUGCAUCAGCACCUUGUGCGUAGGAGCAGCUGCCUUCUCCCACUAUGAAGGUUGGACCUUUUUCCAUGCCUUCUACUACUGUUUCAUCACCCUCACCACCAUCGGUUUUGGGGACUACGUAGCCCUACAGAAGGACAACGCUCUCCAAAACGACCCUCAUUACGUGGCCUUUAGUUUUGUUUAUAUCCUGAUGGGCCUCACAGUAAUUGGUGCUUUCCUCAAUCUAGUGGUGCUACGGUUCAUGACAAUGAACACAGAGGAUGAGAGAAGAGACGCGGUGCAAAGGGCGCUGCUCUCCAAAGAUAAACAGAAAGAUCCAGUUCUGCGCCAUCCGGACCCUCCGAGCCCAGCCGCCGCGGGGCGAGACAGAAGGCGAGGGCUGAAGAGCGUCUACGCUGAGGUGCUUCACUUCCAGACGGUGUGCUCCUGCCUGUGGUACAAAAGCAGAGAGAAAAUGGUGAUCCUCCCGCAAGAUCUGUCUUUCACUGAUGCGCUAAUGGAGCAAGGAGACAUAUCACCCCACCACUUUUUCGAACCCGGCCCCACAGGCUGCGUGUGUGACCUUCAACGCUGCUCGGCCAUUAGCACUGUGUCUGCUGACCUGAGAAACAUCUCACCGUUCAGGCUCUUCUCCAAGAGACGCAGCUCUGUCUGAAUCACCUCACUUUCUUAUACAGUCACUGUAGAUCUUUUAAUGAGUCACAUGAAUUAUUUUGAUAGCCUUCACAUAAAGAUGAUUGAUCGGACCACACAAGAUUGAGGUGGACUGAUGAAAGAGAUCCUCUAGGAGUCUUUUUACACAAACACAUCUAUUAUCAACGCUUUGAUGACUGUUAGGAGAAUUCACAUGGUCUUCUACUUCAGAUAGCACAGUUACACCCUGAAAAAGUGCAAUAAACAAUGUUUUAACAGUUACUAAAAACAUAUUCUGACCAAAAAACUUCUAAUCUUGAAUAUUAUUUUACCCUGUUCAGAUGAAAUGCUUAUGAAAUAAGAGUUGUAAAUUUGUUCAUUUUCUAUAAAUUUUCAUUUUCAUUUUUGGCUUUGCAUUGCAGUGUUGUUUGUUGUUCAGAAUUGAACUGAGAAUGCCUUUUAAAUUCCAAUUCAGUUCCUGAGUUUGAGUUGAAUUUGAAUUGAGAUAGAUAGAUAGAUAGAUAGAUAGUGUUUGAAAUGUCAAUUAUGUUUGAAGUAAAACAUAUAAAAAAUUCAAUUUAGCCUACAUAUUUCAUAAUGGUGAUUGAAAAAAUAUGAGAUGGGAUGAAAAAAAAAUAUAUUGCAAUACAUUUGCGUUCACUCGCAAAAUUCAGCAUGUGCUCGCAAAACUGGUGAUAGAAAUAAUGAGACUGGAGGAAAAACAUCAUUUUAAAGGGUUAGUUCACCCAAAAAUGAAAAUUCUCUCAUUAAGUCCUCACCCUCAUGUCGUUCUCCGUAAUCUUCGGAACACAAAUUAAGAUAUUUUUGAUAAAAUCCAAUGGCUCAGUGAGGCCUCUAUUGCCAGCAAGAUAAUUAACACUUUCAAAUGCCCAGAAAGCUACUAAAGACAUAUUUAAAACAGUUGAUGUGACUACAGUGGUUCAACCUUAAUGUUAUGAAGCAACAAGAAUACUUUUUGUGCGACAAAAAAACAAAAAAAACAAUAAAACGACUUUCUUCAACAAUAUCUAGUGAUGGGCGAUUUCAAAACACUGCUUCAUGAAGCUUCGUAGCUUUACAAAUCUUGUGUUUUGAAUCAGUGGUUCGGGGCGUCUAUCAAACAGCUAAAGUCACGCCCCCCAGUGGUGAACCACUGAAAUUUCAAAACACUUAUGACGUAACAAAGCCUUCUUUACUAAAAUCAUGUGACUUUAGCAGUUUGAUUUGCAAUCCGAACCACUGAUUCGAAACAAAAGAUUUGUAAAGCUUCGAAGCUUCAUGAAGCAGUGUUUUGAAAUCGCCCAUCACUAGAUAUUGUUGAAUA